AGAGGCGAUUACGGAAUCGUGACGUCACGUCGGGGGGGCACGCCAGUGUUCGGCCGGACGCAAACCAAGGCGGACGCGCGCCAUGUUCAAACGGUGAACAAAACAUUGACAAUGUUGUUCGAGAGCCCCAACGCUAAGUUGUACCCGGCCUUCAACAUACCGCCGCCUGUGAGAUUAAGCGGGGCGCUCGGAGGCGUGGAGGUUUUGGACGGCAGCUUGGUCGGCGGCGAGCUGACCGCCCAUGUCUUGAGCGCGCAGGCGGCCGCUCAUGCCGCCGCCACAGCCGCUGCGGCGGCUCACCAGCAGCACCAACAACAGCAAAUUGCUGUUCAACAGAUAAAGACCUCCCCGUCAUCAGGCCACACAUCGCCCGCGCCCGCUCCCCCCGCGGCUACGUCCCCCUCCCCCAGCAAGCUGUUCGUCGGGGGCCUCAGCUGGCAGACCAGCUCGGAGAAGCUCAGGGAAUACUUCGCCAUGUUUGGAGCGGUCACCGACGUGCUGAUCAUGAAGGAUCCUGUCACGCAGCGUUCGCGCGGCUUCGGUUUCAUCACGUUCCAGGAGGCCGCCUCCGUCGACAAGGUGCUCGCCGUGCCCGUGCACACCCUGGACGGCAAGCGCAUCGACCCCAAGCACGCCACCCCCAAGUCAGCCCCCCGCCCCGCCAAGACCAAGAAGAUCUUCGUCGGCGGCGUCGGCCAAGACACCUCCGCCGACGAGGUGCGCGCCUACUUCGCGCAGUUCGGCCACGUCGAAGACGCCGUCAUGCUCAUGGACCAGCAGACGAAGCGCCACCGCGGAUUCGGGUUCGUAACUUUCCAUUCCGAGGAAGCGGUCGAGCGCGUCUGCGACAUACACUUCCACACGAUAAAGAAUAAGAAGGUCGAGUGCAAGCGCGCCCAGCCGAAGGAAGCCGUAGCGGCCGCCCCGCUGGCGCUCGGAAAGAGACUCGUGUUACGCCCCGGACGGGGCUUAGUGUACGCAGCGGGCGGUGUCGGAGCCGUGCCCACUGUUGGCGCCGCGCACGCCUACCGCUACGCGCCGUACGCGCUGCCGACCGCGGCCACCGCCGCCACGGCGCUGGUGGCGCCGCCGCAGCCCGCUCCGCCGCCCACCAUGCCGCAGUUCGGCGCCGCCUACUCGCUGGCCGGCGUCGACAUGUCCUCCUUCCAGAGCGUCGACUGGGGCGCCAUGUACGGCCUCCCCAUGUACAUCUAAACGGUAACGCAUCUAACGAAUUGAAAACCCCACCCGCCUACAGAGGUUAGGUAUUUUAUUUCUUAUACGAUAGUUCCUACGUUUUUAUUACGUCGUAUUUUGUCUUGCCGGAGCGGCCACGGAUCAGUAUUCUUUAAAAUAAUUAAGGUUUACGGCUCAUAUACUUAGGUUAAGUCUUUACUCGACAAGCAAUACUUGGCCCGAUGCGGGAACUAUAUCAAAGAAUACGCAUUUCGUUUUUUUUUUUAAAGUUAAGUAAGAGGAUCUCAGAUAUUUUAGUUUGCGGACUAAUUUUUCUUUAUGUGUUGGAUUUGUAGUGUAGUGCACGGUCGUUGGCAAUAUGACUAUUUAUACUUGACGAAUGUAUAUUGAUGAAUCUCAUGCAGCUCUGUAUAUCUCUUUAGGCAGCGUCGGUCGCCCGGUGACGGAACGCCAUUUUGUAAAUUGAUUAUCUAAAUACAUCACAAUGUAUCAGUAUUAUAUUUUCGUGCCAUUCUCGCAGAAUACAAAAUUGUGCCAAACUCUGCCAUGUCAUUUUCCGAACAACUGAGCGCUACCUUAUUUACUGAGCUAAAUAACAAUAGACGUCGGAAUAUUCUUUCCAUUUAUCCUGUAGUCCCACUCGAUAUAAUGGUCGCAAUCGAGCUUGACUAGCCAUCCCACAAAGAAAUCUUUUAUUGUAAACAUCCUUUCCAUUUCCAAUAGAAAAAUAAAUAAAUACCUACUAGCUAUAUCUCAAAUCUUACCAUGACUUAAUUUAUAUUAACAAUUCUAAAGGUUUUAAUGUCACGGUUGUGUAAAAAUAUGCUCUCUAGCUUCAUUUCAUAAACUUAACAGUAGUCACCUGACAUCAUCAGUUUGUUAGCUUUUCUAGGUUGACAAGUAGUCGGCCUAUAUGUACGCCGAAUUGUCACUGUCAGGUGACAAUUGUCAUAGUAGUAUAAUAGAAACCUAGCGCUCAGUUGCAACACAUUAUCCGUCAUUUGGCACCGAUGAUCAUCAGCUCACAAUACUCUCGUACAUAUCUAACUGUGUGGAAAGCAAUCUCAUUACAUAUAUAUGUAUUACUUAUUUACGUAGUUAUAUACCUAUGUAGUCAACCUGUGUUGUAUCAGCGAACAUCACAUGCCUAACGCUGAUAUGGCAUAGGCUUAGUUUAAAUUAAAUACGUAUAGUAUUAGUUCAAGAUAUGCAACUAACACCCUGUCGUGACAAUAAGCUUAGAAUUAAGCCUGUAGCAUUGUCAUGGUCGCCCGUCUUUGCCUGCUUGGCCCCAUUUUUGGGCGCCAUUUUUAACAGGCAGCUGAUCCAAUGUGGUAAUAAUAUUGUACUUUCUUAAAACUUUGGAAUUAGUAAGUAAAAAAAUAUAAUCAUAAGUUAUUGUACGUGGCAACUAAAA